UUAAAGAAACCGGGUCACCCUCUGGCUGGAACGGUUGGAAGAAUAGCCUUAAGUUCAAAAUGGGUAAUUAUAGAACCAAAAUGCGGCAGCUGGGUCGACUUGAUGUAACUGUCAAUGGUGGCAAGCGAGGAAGUGACACUACAAAUGGCGAGCCUCCCAAGACACAGAUCAAGAAGCCAAAGAAAGGGGAAAUAAAUUUCCUGCCUGAUUUUCCAGAGGGGAUGAAUGACCAGAACAUGGAAGUAGCUCGUGAGGUUCUGGUCAAUGAAAUGAUGAAAACAAAGCCAAAGGAAUCCCUGGUUAAGAAAGAGAUGGAUGUGACGUUUGCUUUUCGCAGAAAGGAAAUUGUCAAAGAGAAGCCUGCCAUCAGCCAGCUUGUGCAUCGUUGGCCAGCUCUUUUUACAGAAAAUCAGGUUUCCUAUGAAUUUGGCAGAGUGGUAGGGAAAAAUCUCAGAGAAAACUUCUUGGAUGCACUUGACCAUUUGUCUCCAAGCCUCAUGGACCUCUUCAAAAAGAAGAAAGGCCUUACUGGUCAGCUUUUGGCUGAACGUUUAUGCCAGACAAAGGGACUUCCGGUCAUCUUGGGCGAUGAUCCUUCUGCUUUCUUCAAGACCUGCUUUGACACAGCUGACAAUGACUUGUACAGGCAAACUCCAGUGGGAUUGCUUUUCAUCGGUGAAGAGAACCUUAAGCUGAACCCGUCCAAAGUGGGAAUCAUCUUGGAAGGGAAUGUGGUGAUGGAUGACCUGGCCAACCUUCCUCAGGCCUUCUGUGUCCUUUUGGACUGA